AUGAGCUACUAUUCUCCAUCACGAUCACAAAGUUCAACAACCAAUGAUAUAGUAUUUAAUGGUCCUCUUGAGGAAGAAACAAUAGUAGUUCAAGACCACCACUAUUCUUACGACGACGAAGAAGAAGAACAAGACGAAGCAAACAGAGAACAAGAAGAAGAAGAUUAUUUCUUUAAUUUGAUCAAUAAUCAGAAUCAAAAUCAGCAUCAUUUAUAUUAUAGUCCAAAUAUUAGUAUCAAUAGUCAGAUCCAACAAGAAGAUAUUGAUAUUCUAAAAAAGAUUGAACAACAACAAAUAGAACAACUAGAACAACAGACAACAUAUGAUUUGUAUAGACAAAAUAAUUUUAUAUCAUCACCAAUGGAGUUGUUACCCACUGAAACCUUACUAGGUAUACUUGGACAAUUAAACGUAUACGAUCUCUUAUCCUUUUCAAAAACUUGUCAUUAUUAUCUGGUCAUAUCAUCAGAUGAGAGAUUAUGGAAACCACUCUUUCUCUCUAGAUUCAACGUCCCCACAAUUCCUCCUGUUCAAUCGGCAUCACAAUCACAAUCACAAACAGAACAGGAACAUGGACAUGGACAUGGACAACAAAAAGAAAAACAACAACAAAAACCAAAACAAACCUUUGUACCUCAAAAAGGUUGGAAAAGAGAAUAUAAAAAGCGUAUGAUACUUGAAUUAAGUUCUGAUUUAAUAAGAUAUAUAGAACAACAUGAUACAAAGAGAGCACUCGAUGUAUUGUCUUUAUCGAUAUUACAUGACAGCAAGACAUAUAUGAGAGCAGCAGAAGCAGCCAUUUCAAACAAUAACCCACUGAUUCUAGAAUAUAUAACAUCGAAUUUGCAGAAUCGUCUAUCAUGUAUCCGUGUCUUGUUGGAAAAUGGAGCUGAUAUCACCUCUUCAAAUACCAAUGUAUUAUUGAUGGGUAAAAAUAAAUUUUAUUCAAUCAAUUGGCAUAGAUCAGAUGGAAUUAUGACAUCAAAAUCAUCUUAUUUAUUAUUAGAUACAAUGUUUGCACAAAUUACAUUAUUUUUAUGUAUACAAACUGGAAAUGAAACAGUAUUAAAUGAAAUGAUACAAACAAAGAGAGGAUCAUCAUUGAUAUCAUGGAGGACUGGUGUAUGGGAUUAUGGUGGAGAGGUGGUACAUAUGACCGAAGAAUGUAAUCGACAGACAAGUAGAUUGUCAACCACUUACAAACAAACCAAGGAGCAAUUGGAUGGCAUUAGACCACUUUCACCACAACAACAACAACAAAAACAACAACAAGAAUUAAAUAGUAGUACUCUAAAAGACUAUGAAAGUAUGUUAAAGGUUCGUCAUGCUCAAUAUAAAAUGAUUGAAAAGCGAUUGGUUCAUUUGGCUCAAUCUUGGAAAGAAGAAUAUAAUUCCUAUACUCCUCUUCACUGGGCUGCUCAAGGUGGUCAUGAACAAAUCAUCCUACUAUUACUAAAACAUGGUGCUAUCCCAGACAUGCAAACUUCACUCGAACGUACUCCAUUAGAUAUUGCAAAAGAAAAAGGUCAUUCAAAAUGUAUAGAAAUUUUAGAAAAACAUUUAUCAAAAAAAGUAAAUAUAGAAGAUUUUAAAAAUAUUAAAUUAAAUAUAGAAAAAGGGGAUCCAUUAAAAGUGGCAAGAAUGUUAAAUUCUUAUUUAUUUGACAAGGAUAUACAAUCUUUGGAUCGAACGAUAACAUGUGAUUUAUUGUUUACAUGUAUACGACAUGACAAUCAUAAAUUGUUGGCAUUGUUUUUUAAUGCUCUGUCUGUCACCAACAGUGGUAUCAAUGACAGCGAUGGAAACACACCGAUUCACAUGGCUGCUGCAUACGGCAGUUUGAAUUGUUUCAAUGUAUCUGUCGAAUUUGGAUACAUUAACAAGUUGAACAAGUCAUUGCAGUCUCCACUAUUGUUGGCCGUACUCAACAACCACAUUCACAUGAUCCAACCAUUGAUUAUGGCCGGUGCAGACGUAUCACUCAAACGUUGGAAAGAUACUCCCAUCAUUCACUUUGCAGUUGGUCAACCCGAGAUUGUCCGUCUUUUAAUCAAAGCUGGUGCCAAUAUCAACGAUACCGAUCCAAAUCAAUCAACUCCCCUCCAUUUAGCUGCUAGUGGUGGUCAUUUGGAAAGUUUAAAAAUAAUAUUAGAUAUUUUAAAAAAACAAAAACAAGAAGAAGAGGAUAGGGAAGAAAUUAUUUCUAUAAUUAAUAUGAAAGAUUUAAUUGGAUAUACACCACUUCAUUUGGCAUUAUGUAAUAAUACAACAAGUCAAGAAAUUGUAUUAGAGAUGGUAUCGCUGCUAAUAGAGUCUGGUUCGGAUAUCUAUCAAUUGACAGGACACCAAAUGGAUUUAUUGGACAUUUCCAUUUUAAAAAACAUUUCACUUCACGAUGCCCUUUUAGAGCAACUCUUGCAGGACGAGUCGACUUGUUCUAGCAAGAAUGUACAGCAGCAGGCUAUCCACCAGUCUCCAUCGAUCCUCGGAGAAUACAACAAAAAGGCAUCUCAAAUGUCCAAACUAUUGUACCUAUUAAAGAAACGUGACCUAUUCCCUAUAUCCAGUGUCAUCAUUGACCGAUUCAUUGAUCAUCACCAAGAUGGAUUAUCCACUCUCCUCAUCACCGAUGAAUUUUAUCAAUACAUUCAAUCAAAACCAAAGUACAAAUCUUAUUUUAAUAAUCGUCAAUCAAAAGAAAUUUUUAAUUUAUUCUUAAAUUCAAAACAAGAUUUAAAUAUUUGUAAUAAUUUAUUAAAUUUAAUGAAAUUAUUUAAUAUUUCAUUAUCAGAUACUGAAUCAACUCUUAUAUUUGGAGAUUUAUUAACAUUGGGUAGAUAUGAUUUAAUAGAAUCAUUUUUACCAUACAAUUCUUCAUUAUUUGAUUGCAAGGGUGCCUAUAAAUGUAUACGACAAUUAUGUUUAGUGUAUCGUAUCCCAACACGUCAAGACCCAAUCUCGAUGGACAAGAAAAAGGAAAUAGAUUACAUCAUGUCAUUCCAACUACGUAAUCGUCAGGAAAUUAGACGUGUAUUUGAAUCAUUCUACAUCCCAAAAGAAUACAUCGAUGCUUUGGAUAAACAACAAGGUUCAUUUGGAUUUAGUAAAACUUAUCAAAAUAAUGAUCCAAAUUAUACUUCAAAAAGUGCUACAAAUGGAAAUGAAAAUAAUAAUAAUGAAGAUAAUAAUAAUAAUGGAAAUGAAAAUCAAGAUAGUAAUAAUAAUGGUACAACAACAACAUAUAAAUCAAGAUUAACAUCAUCUGCAUCAGUCAUUAAACAAUCUACAUUACAUCCAAUGACAAGUACAGAACUUCCUGGUCAAUUUAGUAAAAUUGACAACAACAAUAAUAAUGAUAAUAGUAAUAGUAGUGGUAAUAGCUCAACUCCAAGGGGACAAGAUACCAUAUCAUUUAAAUGUAAAGAUUGUCAUUUACAAGUUAAUAUAAAUGAUGCACAUGAUCAUUUACAUGCAUGUUUGUUGAGAAUGGUUGCAUGUCCUAAUUCAUUCCAUAAUGGGUGUCAGGCCAAACUCAUUCCACGAGAGUCAUUGCCCAACCAUCUAGAGAGUGAGUGUGCAUACUUGCACUGCUACCAAUGCGAUGGUUACUUUACCCGUACUGCCUAUUCCAGUCACAUCUUUUCACAUGACAGUGAAAUGUGGGAAAUAUGUACAUUUUGCAACCAGAUGUUGCGUGGAUUCAAACAUAGCUACACUGACCAACUCGUCCAUGUCAAAGAAAGUGUUGGUGCCAAGUUUAGCCAUACCUCUUUACACAAACAUCUCCGUGACAAGUGUAAAAGAAAUGUAGUCAAAUGUCCAUCAUGUAAAUGUUCAUUCAACCUAAAGGACAUGAAACAUCACAAAUGUCUUCAUACCACUCCACUACCUUUACCAAGUAUCAAUUCAAUAGGUCGUACUUUAUCUGUUAAUUUGUAA